GGUGUUCAUCCUUUAUCUACUGUUGAGGAGACAAGAGUAAAAGGUUUCAUUAUGUCUAAUUUUAAAACUGAUAUAGAAUAUGGUUUAGAAUAUUUACCGGAAAGUUUAUCUCAUUUUCAGUGUUCAAUGGGAGAAAGGAAGGAUGCAAAAGUGGCUGGUAUUAUGAUAAUUUGUGAGGGAGGAAUUCUUAGAAAUGCAGAUCGAAAAAUUCUUCACCUCGCCCAACUCUCCAUCCAAACUGAAAAAGAAAAAAUUCUCUCCCAAAUUGAUGAAAAUCUAAGAAAAGAAAAUGAGAAUUUAAUUCAUAUUCGUAGACUUUCUAAGUUAACAAAUCUUUCAAAAAAUCCUAAAUUAGGGCGUGCUGAAUCAUUAUUUCCAAAAUUAUUGUCGCCCAUGUCUAAAUUAAUUAAUUCUUCAGGAUUGGGCAAAUCUUUUAGAAAAUUAGCAUCAGUUAGUUUGUUAACACAACAAUUAAGGGCAGUUAACUUUACGCACCUUUCACCUUAUAUUAAUAUAAAAAGAGUAAAACUUUUAAAACGGACUCCCAAUACUAAACAUUUUGUUUAUUUAAAUGAAACUUCAG